AUGUCCCGACGCGCCCCGAACCCCGCCGCCGAGCGGGCGGCGCAGAACCAGGCCACCAUCAAGAGCCUCCUGAAGCUCGAGCCCAACAAGGUCUGCGCCGAUUGCAAGAGGAACAAGCACCCCCGAUGGGCCAGCUGGAAUCUCGGCGUCUUCGUCUGCAUCCGCUGCUCGGGCAUCCACCGCGGCAUGGGCACCCACAUCAGCCGCGUCAAGUCCGUCGACCUCGACUCGUGGACCGAUGAGCAGCUCCAGAGCAUCCUCAGCUGGGGCAACGCCCGCGCCAACAAGUAUUGGGAAGCCAAGCUGGCUGCCGGUCACGCCCCCUCCGAAGCCAAGAUCGAGAACUUUAUCCGCACAAAGUACGAGCUCAAGCGAUGGGUCAUGGACGGGCCCAUGCCCGACCCCGCGACCCUCGACGUCGACGGCGACGACGACGUGCCCCUCAGCCUCGUCAAGGAGAAGCAGGCCAUAGAGAGGAAAGAGUCGAUCCGCAAGUCGUCCAUCGGCCAGUCGCAGGCCCCGCGGCGCGCCGCCCCCGAGGCCGACCUGAUCGGCGGCGACGACCCCAUCCCGGCCAGGGCAAGCACUGUCAGCCCCGCCGCCAACAGGGUCGCGCCCAAGGCCGAGCCUGCCGCGCCCAAGGCGACAAACACCAAGGACUCGCUGCUGGGCCUCGACUUUCUCGGCGGCUCGACGGCCCCGCCCCGACCAUCCAGCACGCCCGGCGUCACCUCGCCCGGCGGACAGUCGCGGCCAGACCUGAAGCAGUCCAUUCUGUCGCUCUAUGCCACCGCGCCGAAGCCCCAGCCUCAGCAUCAACCACAGCACCAUCACCACGCCUCGCAACAACAGCACGGCCAGUUCGGCGGCAUGCCGUCCCCGCCCAUGGCCCAACAGGGCGGCUUCAACGAUGCCUUUAGCAGCCUGAGCAUCGGUAACAACGCGCCCCGAGCCCCUGCUGCUGACCCCUUUGCCGGAUUGGGAGGCGGCUCGAGCGGGCGAUCCAACUCGCAGACGUCCAGCUCGAACGCUUUCGGCGGCUUGAGCGGAGGAAGCUUCUUCGACGCCAAGCCGUCGGGACCCGUGGCCCCCCUACACCAACAGAGGCCCUCUAACUCGGGGUUCGGCGGGCUCGGCUCGUUUUCAUCUCCUCCAGCUCAGCCCGCCGCUCCGAAGCCCGCCCAGUCCUCGGCCAUGGGUGACCUCUUUGACCUGUCAUCACCGGUGAGCCAGACCACGACAUCCCCGCCGCCCCAGACCACGGCUCCCGCAUCCACCAGCUCCGUCUUCAAUCUCUCAUCCCCUCAAAACAAGCCCGCCACGUCUCCCCCGGCGGCUGCAACGUCUGCGAGCGCAUUCGGUGGUAUGGGCAUGGCGGAUCCGUGGGGCGGCAACGAGUGGGCCACGCCGGCUCCGGCCCCGGCCCCGGCCCCGGCGGCACCCGCAAAGGCUAGCCCGGAGCUGACCAAGACGACGUCAAGCAGCCUGGGCUGGGGAAGCGGUGGCGCCUUUGCCAGCACGCCCAUCGUGCCAGGGUCCGGCGGCGGCUUCAACCCUGCGCCUAAGGUGGCGGCCGACGAGGAGUUUGGCGGCUGGGCGAGCAGUGCAGCGCCCGCCAACACCAACGCAGCGGCGCCCAAGCAGUCAGGGUUCGGCGGGGACGAGGACCUCUUCUCCAACGUCUGGCAGUAG